CCUGAAAGAAGCUCAGGCGGAGGUGCUUUCAUUUGGACCUGGUUGACCAAAUCCGCAUGUGUUCUGUGGGGAGGGGGUUAGGAUCUUUAUUUUUUCCGACGAUUUGUGGUAGUUUGGCGUGUUACAAACAAACGUGGCGCUUGGAAUGGUAAUAUUAACAUGGACUUUCCCCCCCUCGAUCUACACAUUCCUUCAAGUAACCACAGUUUUAAAGUGCAAGACUUUGGGAAAAGCGCCCUCCCCCUUUCCCCGAGUGUUGGUUUACUCCCGAGUUUCGGCAGAGCCCAAUCAAUUGCUGAAUGAAGAUGGCGGAAUUGUACGGGAUGCGGUCAAACACAUUUUAAACUUAUCAUAUUGAAAUAUUUUAGUUCUCGGUGAGUUCCUUCUGAGGCGUGUUUCCAGAACGCUUGUAGUGGUCUGCCUUUCCAUACUGAUGGACUGUUAGCGUGAAAAUUCAGAGGAAACCACAGACACACACAGACCAGGCCGGCCAAAGGACGUCGCCCGCGGCAACAAGGUGCCUGUCGACCCCUCAGGAAUGACCAAGACGGGACCCCGUGGAGGUCCGGGCGAUGCAGCGAUGCUGAGCACCUCAGCCGAGUUUCGGACCGCGGUCAAGAUGGACGCCAGUCGGAGGGGCUGCUGAAGCUCAGAGGAGGGGGGGAGUCGGGAGUGCGGGACGGGGGAGAGCUCCCCGCUGCUGCAGAGAAACAGUCCGCUAGAGUGUGUGUGUGUGUGUGUGUUUGUGUGUGAGGUGUGUGCGCGUUUGCUUCCGCACGACAAUCGAGGGACUUGGAGAAGGAGAAAGGAAGGGACAGCUUGACCUGCAGCAAGGAGAGGAGGGGAGGGAGAGGAGGGAGAGGAGGAGGAGGAGUGGCUGAGAGGGAGAAACCGAAUCCUCUUAGGGAGCGGAGGAGGGGUGGUCGGAGCGAGGGGCAGGACGAGAAGGCGAGAGCGCCCCGGGCACUUAGACGCCGGAGCUGGAGAGGAACGAUAAGGACCGGAGCCUUCGAGGAGAGGCAGGAAGCGACAGCACAGAGAGCGCGGACGGAGAGAGUGUGAGAGAGAGAGAGAGGGGAGAGUCGCUGGUGAGUCAGUCAUGGGCUAUGGGGGCCAUGGUGACCUAGCGUAAAUGGCUGUUCCUGAGCAGAGCCUAGUGCCAGUGUCUGCCGCUCGACCCUCCUCUUCCUCCUCCCCCGCCCUGCUCUGCCUGGGCCUCGCCCCCCGCCGGUCCCCGCCCGCACCCCUCCCUCGCCGCCGCCGCCGCCGCCCCCACCCCCACCCCCGCCGCAAUGGUGGGUGUGUGGAAGCUGGUGCGGAGCGUGAGGCAGCUGGAGCUCCAUCGCCUGAUCCUGGCGCUCAUCGUCUUCUGCCUCCUCUCCAUGGCCUUCCUGGCCUACUACGUCAGCAACAGCCCCAAAAUCAAGGAGGCGCCUCCCAUGCCCUUCAGUGACUGCGGGGCGGCGGCGGCGGGCCCGGGGGCUCAGAGGGCGCCCCUCUUCCUCCCCGCCCAGGCUAGCCGCCGCUUGGUCAAGGCCGUGGAUAACUCGCGCACGGAGCCCGUGGUGCUGGUGUUCGUGGAGAGCAUCUACUCCCAGCUGGGCCAGGAGAUCGUGGCCAUCCUGGAGUCCAGCCGCUUCAAGUACCAGACGGUACCCGCGCCGGGGAAGGGCGACAUGCCCACGCUGACCGAGCGGGACCGCGGGCGCUACGCCCUGGUCGUCUACGAGAACGUCCUCAAGUACGUCAACCUGGACGCCUGGAACCGCGACCUGCUGGACAAGUACUGCGUGGAGUACGGCGUGGGCGUGGUGGGCUUCUUCAAGGCCAACGAGAACUCGCUGCUCAGCGCCCAGCUCAAGGGCUUCCCGCUGUUCCUGCACUCCAACCUGGGCCUGCGGGACUACCGGAUCAACCCCGCCGCGCCGCUGCUCUACGUCACCCGGGCCAACGAGGUGGAGCAGGGCCCCCUGCCCGGCGACGACUGGACCGUUUUCCAGUCCAACCACAGCACCUACGAGCCCGUGCUGCUGGCCAGCACCAAGUCGUCCGAGUCGCUGGCCCCCCACCUGGGCCCCCACCGGGCGGCGCACGCCACCGUGGUGCAGGACCUGGGCCUCCACGACGGCAUCCAGCGGGUGCUCUUCGGCAACAACCUCUCCUUCUGGCUGCACAAGCUGAUCUUCGUGGACGCCAUCGCCUACCUGACGGGCAAGCGGCUGUGCCUGUCGCUGGAGCGCUACCUGCUGGUGGACGUGGACGACAUCUUCGUGGGCAAGGAGGGCACCCGCAUGAAGGUGUCGGACGUGGAGGCCCUGCUCAACACUCAAAACAAGCUGCGAACGCUGGUCCCCAAUUUCACUUUCAAUCUGGGCUUCUCCGGAAAGUUCUACCACACGGGCACGGACGAGGAGGACCGGGGGGACGACAUGCUCCUGAGGCACAGGAAGGAGUUCUGGUGGUUCCCCCACAUGUGGAGCCACAUGCAGCCCCACCUGUUCCACAACGUCACCGUGCUGGCGGAGCAGAUGAGGCUCAACAUGCUCUUCGCCCAGGAGCAUGGGAUCCCCACAGACAUGGGGUACGCUGUGGCCCCCCACCACUCGGGGGUGUACCCCGUGCACAGCCAGCUGUACGAGGCCUGGAAGUCGGUGUGGGGGAUCAGGGUGACGAGCACGGAGGAGUACCCCCACCUGAGACCCGCCCGCUACCGCCGCGGCUUCAUCCACAGCGGGAUCCAGGUCCUGCCCAGGCAGACGUGUGGCCUCUUCACUCACACCAUCUUCUAUAAUGAAUACCCCGGCGGCUCCAGAGAGCUGGACAGGAGCAUCAGAGGAGGGGAGCUCUUCCUCACCGUCCUGCUCAACCCUAUCAGCAUAUUUAUGACCCACCUGUCCAACUACGGGAACGACCGGCUGGGCCUGUACACCUUCGAGUCCCUGGUGAAGUUUGUGCAGUGCUGGACCAACCUGCGGCUGCAGACCCUGCCCCCGGUGCAGCUGGCCGACAAGUACUUCCACAUCUUCCCCGAGGAGAGGGACCCCCUGUGGCAGAACCCCUGCCAUGACAAGAGACACAAGGACAUCUGGUCGAAGGAGAAGACUUGUGACAGGCUGCCCAAGUUUCUGGUGAUUGGCCCUCAGAAAACAGGCACGACGGCUCUGCACUCCUUCCUGACGCUCCACCCGGCCAUCACCAGUAACUUCCUCAGCCCCGUCACCUUCGAGGAGAUCCAGUUCUUCAACGGGCCCAACUACCACAACGGCAUCGACUGGUAUAUGGACUUCUUCCCCUUUCCCUCCAACGCCAGCACGGACUUCAUGUUCGAGAAGAGCGCCAACUACCUGGACUCUGAGGUGACCCCCCGCCGGGCAGCGGCCCUGCUUCCCCGCGCCAAGAUCCUGGCGCUGCUCAUCAACCCGGCCGACCGCGCCUACUCCUGGUACCAGCACCAGCGAGCUCACCAGGACCCCGCCGCCCUUAACCACACCUUCCACCAGGUGGUGACGGCGGGGCCGUCGGCUUCCCCUGAGCUGCUCACCCUGCAGCGCCGCUGUCUGUCCCCUGGGACCUACGCCCUGCAUCUGGAGCGCUGGCUCAGCCACUACCAGCCCAGCCAGCUGCUGAUAGUGGACGGUUCCCAGCUGCGCUCCAACCCUGCGCUGGUCAUGGAGGGAGUCCAGCGGUUCCUGGGGGUCACGCCCAUCUUUAACUACACCCAGGCGCUGACGUUUGACGAGAGCAAAGGAUUCUGGUGCCAGAAGCAGGAAGGGGGACGUUCCAAGUGUUUGGGAAAGAGCAAAGGCAGGAAGUACCCGGACAUGACGCCCGAGGCACGGGCCUUCCUGGCGGAGUUCUACCGCGAACACAACAUGGCGCUGCUGAAGCUGCUGAACCGCCUGGGCCAGGCGCUGCCCACCUGGCUGAGGGAGGAGCUGCAGAGCACCAGCUGGAGCUGAGAGCGGACCGGACCCGGACCGCACCAGGACCGCACAUCAGGGGGCGCGAGGAAUUUGGGGGCCGGCUCGGGGAGUUUUUGGGGCGGCUCACCCACCGCCCGACACGAACCGCUGCAGAGGAGCCAGACGUGCUUCAUCCCGUCAGAGCAAAGAUUCAUGGGAAAUGGAUUCAUGGGGGGGGGGGGAGCGGGGGCGUUUUGUAAUGAAAGGGCUUUGCUGGUGGAGCUUUCAGAAAGACUGAAAAUGUAAAUUCCCCCCCCCCACCCCCCCAAAUAAAUAUGGACAGCUUUGUCCAUCUGCCAUUGGCUGGACUUUCCAGGACAUUUUCCAGUACCGUGAUUGGACAGUACCUGAACACGCCCCCAUCACCGUCCGCCCCAUUCACCCCAAGUGAUGCCGGCCAAUCAGGGCUUGGCCAGAUGCAAAACAUGAACCCGGCUGAUAGGAUGAACUGGAGCCCUUCAGCUUGGCCACGCCCCUGUGUCUGUCAUUUCUUCAGAAGAAUUGAUUGUAAAGCGUUGUACAUUUUUACGGAGCGUUGUAUAUUUUGGGGCGGGGCUGGGGUGGGAGCGGGACUCGGAGUGUGAGGUUACACACGGUGUGUGAGGUGCUCCUCUCCUCCUCACAGAGGACCCUGCGUACAGGCCAGUGUGGGAUACACUCACCACUAUCAGAUACACACGCGCACGCGUGCACACACGCACACAUCUACCUGCUGCCACUCUCUGAGCCAGACACCCUCUCAAGAGAACAAGGACACGUACUGGACUUUUGCAUACAUACUGCGCACAGACACACACACACACACCACAGGCACACACACUUCAAACCCCCCCUACACACACUCACACACACACACGAACACACCACAAACCCCCCCCCCCCCCACCGCACACACAUACACACACACACACACACACACACUCUGCCACUUUAUGACAGGCACACACUCAAAUGCGUAUACAUGUGUACCUGGACUUACUGGACUCAGGCCCAGGUGUGUGCUGUUUGGUCUUAAGGAGCUGCAUUGACAGAGUGCAGACCAGGGCUCUCCACUCUCCAGACAGAUGAGCUGAGCUGCUGGGGGUCGGAGGGUUGGGGGAGGGGAGGGGGGGUGGUCUGUUGUAGGAGGAGCUGCUGUCUUGGUAUUUUGUUUAUUUUGUAAAGACUGUCUUAAAGCUAAGGAGGAAGAAAACGGAACAUUACCAACACAGUAUGGUUGCUAAUAAAAGCAUAGGAAGGUCAAA